ACUAACGGUCCGCGAAUGCAACAGUUGCGUUUAUGUGCACACGGAACACAGAAGCCUCAACUGAAUCGGUCAGGCAUUCGUUCACCUGCUUCUACACAUUGGGACGAAAUGGAGGAGAUAAAAACCGAGCCUGUGGAUUUUGUGAAGGAAUUUCAGGAGUACCUGACACAGCAAACUCAACAUGUCAACAUGAUCUCAGGCUCUGUUUGUGGAGAGAAAGAGUCAGCGGAGACGUUUCAAGCCGCUGCACCCAGGAGUGAACAGAAUGGUCUGGACCCUCCGUCGGCAGAGGUGAAUCUGUCUAUGGAGGAAGGGUCAGACAUGCAGAUGGACGGACUGGAGAGAACCUUCGAUGGAAAGUACAAGUGCAGCUACUGCAGCUAUACCAACAAAGGCGUGGCUCGUUUAACAGAGCACAUCCGCAUCCACACGGGAGAAAAACCUCACCGCUGCCAGCUGUGCCCAUUCGCCUCAGCAUAUGAGCGCCACUUGGAAGCCCACAUGCGUUCGCAUACAGGAGAGAAGCCGUACAAGUGUGACCUCUGUGCCUUCCGCUGCAGCGACCGCAGCAACCUGUCGCACCAUCGCCGCCGCCGCCACAAACUCCUGCCCACGAGGGUCGUGCGCUCUGCUUUCGCCAACAAGAGGAUGCUGGGCACCCUGCAAAAGAGGACAGGCACGAUGGGCUUCAGCAGACGACUGCUCAUCAAUUUCAACCCGAACUCUAUGCCAAAGACGGAUUAUCUAAAUGACUUGUCUCACAAAUUACACUCCCAUUUGAGUGGCGGUGAAUAUAAAAACCUUCCCAAGAUGGAUGAGAAUGAAGGUCUUAAUAAGGGUUCCAACGGUUUGACAUUUAAUAACCCACUGGACCAACUGUCCACACUUGCUGGGCAAUUGGCCGACCUCCACCCUGAGUCUCAGACUCCAGUGUCCCCAGACAGGGAGUCUUUAGAAGACGAGAAACCCAUCCUCAUACAUCAGGUCUCUACUGAAGAGUUUGCAGUGUGUUCAAACGGUGUGCAGAUGUCGACAUCUAAACAAGUAUUUCCCACCUCGGGCCGUGAACAUGGCAGUCCUGGUCCCAGCCUCGGCUGCGAGAACAACAUGAAUGCUCUUUCUGUGAGCGUCAGCAACAGCCAGCCAAGCACGCCCACCCCCGCCCUGACCACACCAGACCAACAGCUCAUGCAUAGUUGCCAGCACUGUGAUAUUAACUUUCCUGACAACAUACUCUAUACCAUUCACAUGGGCUGUCACGGCUAUGAACACCCAUUCCAGUGCAACAUCUGUGGACACAUGUGCAUAGACAAAUACGACUUUGCAUGCCAUUUUGCACGGGGCCAACACAAAAAGUGAUUCCUUGUUCAGACUGCAGGGAAAUCAGAUAUUUUUCUUCAGUCGAUCAUUUCGAAACAGAUUUAAGUGUCCACAUAGAACUAACCACUCAUGCAUGGGUUGGUUUGGUAACAAAAGGAGUUGUAUCCAUGUUUUUUGAUAAACUCCAGUGUCAUUGGUCAGUAAUCAUUGAGAUAGACCUUUUUUAAAAAUAUUAAUUUAUACCUUUUUU